AUGAAGGCAGAAAUUCAAGCAUUAGAAGACAACAAGACAUGGGAAUUGGUGGCAUUACCAGCAGGGAAAACUCCAAUAGGUUGCAGAUGGGUUUACAAGAUCUGGUGCUCGGAAGAAACCAAGAAGCAAUUACAUCAGUCCUUCAAGCUUAAGGAUUUGGCUGAGUUGAAGUAUUUCUUAGGCAUUGAGCUCUUUAGAUCUCACAAAGGAAUCAUGAUGAACCAAAGAAAGUAUAGCCUGGAGCUGAUAUCAGAAAUAGGGUUGAGUACAGCUAAGCCAAGCUCGACACCUUUGGAUUGCAAUCAAAAACUCACAACUACUGAACUGGAUGAAGUUGCAGGAUCAGGUAAUGAACCACUGGAAGACAAGGGACAAUAUCGAAGGUUGAUUGGGAAGUUGUUGUAUCUAACCUUGACCGGGCUGGACAUUGCCUUUGCUGUUCAGACACUUAGUCAAUUUAUGCAAAAUCUCAAAAGGUCACAUUGGGAAGCAUCCAUAAAGGCAGUUAAAUAUGUGAAGAGGGAACCAGGAUUAGGCAUCAUGAUUAGCAGCAACAAGAAGAACACCUUGACUGCAUUUGUGAUGCCGAUUAGGCAUCUUGUCCCAAACAGAAGAAAAUCUAUAACAGAUUUUAUCGUGAAACAUGGAGAUUCAUUAGUUGCAUAG